AUGUCUCUAACGAGUGUGAAGAUGACGGAGGAAGUUUGGCUAACUUGCCUUACGCAUGCAUUGUCCACAGAGACGGAAGAGAUCAUGGGCCUUCUUCUCGGAGACAUUCAGCACUCAAAAAAUGGUAGUGUGACAGCACUUAUAUGGGGAGCAUUGCCACAACCACGCUGUGAUCGCCGGAAGGACAGGGUAGAGACUAACCCUGAACAGUUGACUGCUGCAUCUGUUCAAGCUGAGAGAAUGACUGUGGCGACAGGAAGAACAACAAGAGUGAUUGGGUGGUACCACUCACAUCCUCAUAUCACAGUCCUUCCUUCUCAUGUUGAUGUCCGGACACAAGCAAUGUAUCAACUUCUGGAUUCUGGAUUUAUUGGAUUGAUAUUUUCAUGUUUUAGUGAAGAUGCACAGAAGGUUGGAAGAAUUCAGGUUAUUGCAUUUCAGUCCUUGGAUGGAAAACAGAAUCAUGUUUUGAAAUCUGUUCCUCUUUCCCCUGUACAUAAAAGUUCUGUAAUAGAUCUAGAAUCAUCUCUAAGUUCAUCAGAGACAUCAGCAAGAGCUUCUGCAAGAGGAGAGAUUCUUGAACAAGACACUGGUGAUUCAAGGGCAAUUACCUUACCUUCUAAGGCUGUGGGAAGACCCUCAGACUUGGGGGGUUUCUUUGCUAAUAUUGAUGCCAAGACUGGAGAAAACUUGCAUACCAACACUGUCAGUAAUGCAGCUAUUGAGAUAGAUCACAUGGAUAUGUCAGAAAGUAUGCAAGAAGCAAUGCACCUGUCAAAUAUGGAGAUGAGUGGUGCAGAGUAUGUCAGGAAGGAAAUCCCUCUUCUUGUUAUGCCAUCGUCAUCACUUCUUAAUCUCGAUACACCUUUGAGUUCAUUUACUGAUCUGCAACGUGUACUAUAUGAAGAGGAGCGGACUGCAUUUAAUCAAGCAGUUACACAAAACAUGAGGGAUGGGAAAGUGCACCCUCUAACUUUUAUCCAUCACACAUCCACAUAUCAGGCUUCCAUGUGCAAACUGAUGGAAUAUUGCUUGAGCCCUGCCAUUAUUGCUCUCCAGGACCGCUUGCGAGAAAAUGAAAUUCAGCUAAAGAUGCUAGCUGAUGAAGCCAAGGUUUUGGAAUCGGAGACUAAACGAACAGAGACAACUACAGUUUCUCCUCGUAGAGGUAGCCCUUCAUCAGGCCACAAAGACUUGUAUCCUCCUGGUGAAUUAAGCAACACAAGAACUUUUGGUAGUCCUGGUAGCCGGAGCAGAAAAGGAUCCUAAACCCUAAUAUAAAGAGACUAGGAUCCUUACUCUAAGCGAAUUGAAGUGUAUUAUAUGUAGUAGUGGGGUAUUUCUCUCUCUUUUUUGUGCUUCCUUUGAAUUGUAAUUUUUGGAUAUGUUGAGAAAGUUCAUUUUGUUAAUACCUAUAAUUCAACUGCUCUUUCUCUCAGCUGAAUGGUAAUUGAAAUGCAACAUAACACUUGCAAAAGCUGGUUGGGUCCUAUAUUCAAUCUAAGUUAUGUUUCUGCCCUAA